GUCCAGAUGAACGGGAGGAAAACAAGGAGGAGGAACAGGCAGACAGACAGGGACUGUGACAAACAUACAAACAUUGCAUUUUGUAUGCAAUAUACAACUUCUCUGAUGUGUCUUUAACGCCGUCUUUAGAUCCAUUUUGACCGUUUCCACCAGCACCCAUACAAUACAUGUGCAGUCCUGUACCGACCGCAAUCUCUGCUGCUGCUGAAUUAAAUCCUCCAACUGUUAGUGUUCACAUCAUCAUUAAUUAGGUUGCUUGUGGUUGUUCGUCAGCUCAACAAUAUUUGACUAAUAUUUAUAUUGUUGGAAACGUUAUAAAGCUAUUAAAAGUCCGAAUAUUGACGUGGAUGUGGUAGUAAAUGGUUAACACGGUCCUUUACUUCCUGGUUACCGUCACUUGGUGACUAAAAACAAACUUUAGCUGUGAUGAACGCGUUUACUGCUGCUCAGAUAUGAAUGAAAGUCAUCUCAUGUGCUCUUCAUUAGAUCUCAAACAGAGGAUGGAUACAAGUCCCAGCACAGAUUAUUUAGAGAAAGAUGUGCUGCCUUUACUAACAUCUGGACUGGAGGCUCUGUUGAAGGAAGCACAGACGCAUCGCUGCACAGAGAGGAUGAUUGCAUUUAAUGGCUGUGACUUUUUGACUGAAUGGCUAUACAACAAAAAUCCUUGUCGGACCGAACACAUACACCUGAAUUUUCAUGAAAUUCCCUUUGUGCAAGACUGGCUUCUUAUACAUCCUAGGAAAAGCAUCCCAGUUUUCCUGCUUCUGACAGAUGAGCAGGCUGCAUUGCUGAUACAGGCUUACUGGAGAGGCUAUAAGGUGCGUAUACGUCCAGAUGUUCAAGAGUUGAGGCAGUGGCAGAGAGAACUGCGGGAGGAGAACUCCAACAUCAACAAAACAGUUCAGGAGUUUUGGGCACGUCAGGAAAACCGAGUUUGGUCCGAGCUGGUUGAACUUGGUGAUGUUGCUGAGCAUCAUCCGGAGUCUGCUGUGUCGAUCGAGGUGGUUCCCCCCACACCACAGAGCAGAGUGUUGUAUACACCUGCUUUACAGAGCACCCUCGAGAGACAAGAUCUUCUCACCGCCUCACAGCUCCAGCAUCAUAUUCAUGACAGUCCUGUGCAUCACACCAGUCUGUAAAGACAUCUCUUUAUAUCAGUUCAUGCUCAAUUACAUUGUGUUUUCUUGAAUUCAUUCAUAUUAAGACCAUUUUGUUUUCUUCAUAUUGCACUUUUCCCAAUGCACAUUAUUUGUUUGUCUCCAUAUACUGUGCACAACAAUCGACAUAAAACAACACGCUUACUUGAAGAAAGCUGGAAACUUUUUGCACUCGGAUGCAAAGCAUUAAUUAGAAAUUCUCACAUAAAGUUGACUUUGAAGAGCGAGUGAAAUCAAAUGUAUUUAAAUUUCCAUUUGUAACCCAUAGAUAGCAAGCAGCCAUUCAGUCAAUGCAUCGAUGUUAAUUUCAUUUUGGACAAAUUAUUAAUACACAGAAUAUCAGCUUAGCUUGUUGUAAGAUUGUGAUAAAAUAAAUAAAUUGUCAAACUUCAAAAAUGUAUGUCUUGAUGAAGCAAAUGUAUGUACUUAAAUAAAUUGAAAUAUUUGAAGUCAU